AUGCACAAGUUGAAGUUAUAAUUCCUGAAUUAAGACGUUGAAGAUAAUUACAUCCAAGAACACUAAUUUCCAAAAAGAAGGUUUUAUUUAAAAGUUAGUACCAUUGCAUUUCAAAUUUUAUUAUUUUUCAAGUUGGUCAUUUCACUUAUUGAACAUAACAAUUCAACUGUUUACCCUUUGCUUAUUUCAUGGGGAAUUACAAUGCCCUUUUUUUUAAUUCCAGUCAAAACUGACUUUUAAAUAAGAAUGAGUAUAAGCCUCCUCAAUAUUAUUUAUAUUGGCUAUCUUCUAUUUUUUGAUCCACAAGAAGAGGCAGAAAUAAUGUAUUUUAAGGGUUCUACUCAAAUGGCUGCAAAUGUUGUAAAUAUUUUUGUGCUUGAAUUUAUUGAUUCAUCAAUCUUAAGUGUUGUUUUGUUAAUAAUGAGAGUUACCCAUCUCAUUUAUUAUAGUACAAAACUUGAUUUACCUACUAUUUUGUUUGCCAUAGGUAUUCAUGUUCUUUUAAUCGUAAUGAUUUACGUUUAUCAGAAAGCAUUGAGAUCUUAGUACCUUUUAACAAAAACAGAUCAAAGAUGGGAAAACAUACUGAAAUAAAUUAUUCAUGUUCAAAAAUACAUACUUUUAAAUUUUGACAAAGAAAAAGUUAAAUUCAUAAACGUAGCUUCUACAUUCUCUAAAAAUAUUUAAUCUUAAGAAGAGGUGAUAAGUUUUAUUCGUAACUCUAAAUUUAAAAACUAAACUUUUGAAUAGUAUCUUUAUUUCAAAGUGAACAAUUUUGAAUUAAAUUGUAUAGACAGUCUAAACAAUGCUAUCAUGGUUGAUUAUGAAAGACAAUUAUUAAAACUUAAUUUCUCAAUAUUUUUUGGGAACUAACCUACUAUAUUAAUCUAGAAAGAUAUUCACUUUUAUGAAUCAACUUUGAAAAAUAAUUAAAAAAAAACAUCUAGAUUGUAUCUAAAUAUAAUCAUAUCUCUCAUAAGGAUUAUUAAAGAAAAUAAAAAGUAUAACGAAGUUAAAUUUCAAGUAAUAGCAAAAAAACUAUUUUUAAAAAAUCUAAUCUCAAAAAUUGAAAAUUACAAUUUUUCAUCCUAAUUAAUCAACUUCAAGAAAAUUUUACAUGAGGCUCUCGUCCUCAGCAAUAAAAAAUAUUAAAUCUAAUUGUUGUGUUAAGACUUUCAAAUUUACACCAUUCCUAAGAUAUUCCAAUUAUUUUUAUUUUUGAUCAUUGAUUGUUCGCAUAAUGAAAUCAUUCACAUCAAAGAUUUGAGGAGGGAAAACGAAUAGAUUACUAUCAGAUUUGGUGGGUCUUUAUACAUGAAAAGGAUGAAAGCAUAUUUAGAUCAACUAGAAUAUUAUUUACUCUUGAUCUUUGAAAAUGUCAAAUGUGAUGAUGUUUGUAAUAUUUUAUAUUAUAAAUAGAUGUGACAGUUAAAUUAAAAUAAGAAAUCUUUGUUCCAUUUAGGAAAUUAACCUCAAUUCGCACAUCCUGA